AAAUUAUUUUUUGCGUUAAGAACACUAAACGAAUGGCCGAGUUGUUUCUGCAUUGCAUAUUUUCAAUAAAACGGUGUUAUUUAUAUCCAUUUUCAAUACUUUGUGAUUGUUUCAACCCCAACGUUUUCUUGCUAUCGUAAUUUCAACCAAAAUUGUGUUUGUGACUUACAAAAAUGUUAUACCUCAACGUCGAUACGGACUGCAGUUCAUUGCCUUAUGUAAAACUUGAAAUAGUGUUUCUUCCGUGAGUGACCGAAAUAUACGGUGACUUAUGUGUUUAGUGUAAUUGUUUAGAUUUUAUGGUGAUCAAAGUGUCAAAAUGUCGAAUUCUACCGCUCAAGUGCUCAUGAAGAAGGGUAAAAGGGGUGCAGCCGCAUACAUACACGCGGACUGUGAAAAUGGAUCCCCACAGCAUUUGGGUCCGUUGCUGGACGUACUGCUGAACCCUAGCAAGGCCAUUGACGAGUGGGAGACCAUUGACUGGUGCCGCUGGCUGUUAGCCGGCGGGAGAACGCCGGACGAGUUCGCAACUAUUGUCCGGAGUUACGACAAACACGACAAAUGCGGUCUAGUCUGGAUACCGCGUGUUGUCGCGUAUCGAUGUCGCACGUGCGGCAUCUCCCCGUGCAUGUCGAUAUGUCGGGAGUGCUUCCACCGCGGCGACCACUCCACGCACGACUUCAACAUGUUCCUGUCGCAGGCUGGAGGCGCAUGCGAUUGUGGCGACAAAUCCGUCAUGAAGGAGGAUGGGUUUUGCAGCAACCACGGCAACAAAUGCACCCGCCCGGGAGACGUGCCCGCAGCCCUGAUGUGCGUCGCAGAAGCAAUGAUGCCGCGACUCAUUCUUCGCUUGCUACAACAUUUCAGAGAGAACAGUUGCGGCUCACAGACGACGUCGGAUAGCUACAGGAUCACGGUGCAGGAGUGCGAGGGCUACGUGAAGAUGCUGAUGGAGUUCAACAACAUGGGCGACCUCAUGCGCUCCGCCAUGACCAAGGCGCUCAUUAACCCACAGAUGUACCGCAACCUGGUGGAGCCACCGUUCCCAGACACAGAGUACGGCUGCUACAUGGCAGAGUCCAACAAGAUGUAUGAGAAAGCGCUCGAAAUGUUCCCAGCGCCAGAACCGCCUGACGAGUAUCGUCACCUACCAGCGCUAGCCCCCCGGCUGCAACACAACACGCUGCUGGACGAGUUCAUAUUCUGGACGUUCAAGUACGAGUUCCCGCAGAACGUGGUGUGCUUCCUGCUGAACAUGCUGCCGGACCAGGACUACAAGGAGCACCUCACGCGCACCUUCGUGCUGCACUACGCGCGCAUCCCGCUCGUGCUGGAGGAGGCCGCCGACCCCGACACGCUCAGCAACCGCGUCGUGCACAUGUCCGUGCAGCUCUUCUCCAACGAGGCGCUGGCGCUGCGCUGCGUGCAGCAGCUGCAUCUGCUGCACGUCAUGGUGCUGUCGCUGCGCCUCAUGAUGGGCAAGAUCCUCGUGCAGAACUCGCUGCACGACCCCGAGCACAACUUCCACUACGUGAUCGACUGCACGCGGCGCGUGAUGAAGGAGCACUGCUACUGGCCGCUGGUGUCGGACUUCAACAACGUGCUGUCGCACAAGAGCGUGGCGCUGCUGUUCCUGCAGGACGACGCGCUCGUGGACAUGUGGUUCGAGUUCCUGUCCAUGCUGCAGGGCAUGAACGUGAACGUGCGCGAGGUGGGCGGCCACAUCGAGUUCGAGCCGUCGUCGUACUACGCGGCCUUCUCGUGCGAGCUGGAGGCGGCCGCCUACCCCAUGUGGUCCGUGCUGUCGCACCUCACGGAGCCGGCGCACGCGCCGCUGGCCCGCCGCAUGCUGGCCGCCGCGCUCACCUACCUGCAGGACUGGCUCGACGCCGUGCACUUCACCACGCCGCACAUGGAGCGGACGGAGGUGAUGCAGGCGUCGUUCCACUUCCCGCUGCACCGCUACCUGGCGGCCUUCCUGUGCGCCGGCGUGCGCUGCAUGGGGCUGCGCGCCGCAGACGUGCUGCCGCCGCCAGACCUGCUGGCGCUGCUCGCCGUGCAUCCACUGCGUGUGCAGGUACAGACACACAUACUACAUACAUAUACACAUACUGCUCGCCGUGCAUCCACUGCGUGUGCAGGUACAGACACACAUACUACAUACAUAUACACAUACUGCUCGCCGUGCAUCCAUUGCGUGUGCAGGUACAGACACACAUACUACAUACAUAUACACAUACUGCUCGCCGUGCAUCCAUUGCGUGUGCAGGUACAGACACACAUACUACAUACAUAUACACAUACUGCUCGCCGUGCAUCCAUUGCGUGUGCAGGUACAGACACACAUACUACAUACAUAUACACAUACUGCUCGCCGUGCAUCCAUUGCGUGUGCAGGUACAGACACACAUACUACAUACAUAUACACAUACUGCUCGCCGUGCAUCCACUGCGUGUGCAGAGUUUGUUCUACGAGAUACUAGCAGGCGUAUGGGUGCGCAACGGUCUGCAGAUCAAGGGGCAAGCCAUGACCUACAUCCAGGCGAACUUCUGCAACUCCAUGGUGGACAUGGACAUCUACUGGCUGCAGGUGUGCGCCGCGCAUCUACCGGCCGAUCAGUUCCUCGACAUGUGCAUUGAUAUGUUCGGAUGCCGCGAGUGGCUGAGUAUGAUGCCGAUGUCUCCCGCGCAGGCGGCGGAGCAGGACGCCAUGGUGGAAGGCCUGCUCACCUUCCUCGCAAUACUAGUGUCUUCUAGAACUAACCUAGGUAAUGACGAGCUAACACAGUCGCGGCUCGAGGUGAGCACGCUACUGGCCGCGGGCGACAAGACGCACUCGCAACUACUCGAGCUCAUGCCCGAGAGGUCGGGCAACGCACACACUAGGAAUUUUGAAACUGUUCUCAAAGAGUUGUCGACAUACCGUCCACCACCCAAAGGCUCCGAGAACUUGGAACAAGGUUUAUUCGUGCCGAAGCCCAUCGUAUGGGAGCAGUACUACGAUCCACUACAUGUGCUGCGUCGAGCUGUGCACCGGAGGGACUUCCACGCGUCCAUGGAACGAUUCACUGCUUACGUACGCGAGAAGCAGAAGUCGGAGGGCACGCCGGAGAGUACGUCCCGCGCCAGCGGCGUGCUGUGGCCCCCGCUGCGCGGCGCGGGCCCCAUGGCGGGCGGCGCGGACGGCGCGGGCGACCCGCGCGCGCUGUGCGCCAGCGGCGUGCUGCACGGCGCGCUGCUGGCCGUGCUGCACCGCGGCGUGCACCGGCGCGCGCCCGACGCCGCGGCGCCGCACGCGCCGCCCGACCACGUGCUGGCGCUGGCCACGUACCUGCUGGCCGUGGCCGCCGACCUGCUGGCCGAGCGCGCGCUGCAGUGCCUGGGCGACGUGGCCGUGGCCGAGCCGGCGCGCGCCGCCGUGUCGGGCGUGCCGCUGCUGGGCGCCUUCGCGGGCGGCGCCGUCUGCGACAACGCGCGCACCGUCGUGGGCAGCGUGCCCGCGCGCCCGCCCCGCGCCCCGCACCACGCCUUCCCCGCGCACUACACGCACCACCACCACUCCGACAGUGACACGGAGUGGGAGCCGUCGGAGACGGAGACCACGCGGAUACCGCUCCUCACUACGUCCACAUCGCUGCCCGCCACCAGCACUGCGCUAGCCGUACCUACAUCUCUACAGGUGGCUCGCGGCGACUCUAUGACAGAUGACCAGUCAGACGGUGGCGGCGACGCGCCACAAAUACGAGCAUUAGAGGAUGUAUCGGACGACAGCCAAGCGCUAGCGCUACAGACAUUCGACGAAGAGAUGAGUCUUGCCAUCGCCACCUCUUCCGACCUGGACACGCCCCCUGUACCUAUCGAUUACGACAUGUCAGGCGAGGAGUGGAGCGUGUCGGUCCGCGGCGCGCAGGGUGCGCUGGCUGCGCCGGCGCUGCAGGCCGCGCUGCCGCCCGCGCCGCUGCCCGCGCCCGGGCCCCACCACGCACGGCCCUCCACCAGCAACCAGGUACAACUACACACGCAAUCAGAAGACACGAUCCCAGUGAACGAGUCCAUUAUAUCGCUGCUGCUCAAGCUGCACUCGCAACUGUCCGGCAGACUCGACUCGUUCUCCCUGGACGAGCCCGCGCCAGACACACAGGAACCUAUCGGAGACGGUCCGUACUUCAUCGGCAACGUUCUUCGCAAGCUAGCCGCGCUGGACGCAAGAUGCGGCGCCGCCAUCGCACACGUGCGGCACUCGCUCUGGCCGCACCAGCGGGAGCGGCAGGCCGAGCAACGGGCACGAGAACGUCGUGAAAAAGAGGAGCGAUCCCGUCGCGCCCGGGAGCGGCAAGCGCAAGUGAUGCGGGACUUCCAGCGGCGGCAGCAGCAGUUCAUGUCGUCCAUGCACGGGCUGGACGAGCCCGGCGCCAUGGACUGGGACGAGGACGCGCUGCCCAAGGACUACGACUGCGUCAUCUGCAACACCACCGCGCCCACCACGCCCGCAGACCCCAUCGGACUCGUCGUACUGCUGCAGUCGACGUCGGUGCUGGGCCACCGGCGGCGCGCGGGCGGCGGCGACGCGCGGCUGGCGCUGUCGGAGGCGGAGCGCGCGCGUCUGUUACAGCAGCACGACACCACCGCCGCCGCGCACCACUACCGCCUGCACGACGACCUGCACCAGCACUUCGACCAGGAGUCGUGGCUGGUGUCGGUGUGCGUGGGCUGGGAGGGCGGCGUGCACGUGCAGUCGUGCGGGCACCACCUGCACCUGCGCUGCCUGCACGCCUACCUGCGCGCGCUGCAGGCGCCGCAGCGCCCGCACAACCUGCACGUGGAGCGCGGCGAGUUCCUGUGCCCCGUGUGCCGCCAGCUCGCCAACUGCGUGCUGCCGCUGGCGCCGCGCCCCGCGAGACCCGCCCCCCGCGCGCCGCGCUCGCACCAGGACACCGCGCGCACGCUGCAGGACCUGCUCGACCAGGAACAUCCGCCACCCGCACCGAGUCGACUAUCGGAGGCGAUGGGUAAGGCGAUGGAGGACAUGACGGCGACGGCGGGCGGCAAGCUGAAGCAGCGCUACGGGUCGUCGCCGGCCGCCAUCUUCACGUUCGUGGCGUCGCUGGUGCGCACCAACCUGGAGUGCGAGCUGGUGCAGCGCGGCGGCACGCUGCAGACCGUCGUCGCGCCGCGGUACAAGCUGCGCAACGAGUGCAUCGUGCCUUUACUGGUAGUGGCGGGCGCCCACUCCCGCGUGUUGGCAUCGGCGGGCGCCGGGUUCGGUGCGGCCGACGCGUGGCGCCUGCUGGCGCCCGGAGACGAGGCGGCGGGGGCCGCGGGUGCCGCCGUACUGUCGGGGGCGCCGUCGGCGCGGCCCGUGCCGCUACUGCUGCGGGACCCGCUGGCGCUGCUGAUGCACUUCCUGCUGCUGGCGCCGCCGACGCCGCCGUACCUGGACAUGGAGGAGUUCACGUGCAUCGUGCGCGUGCUGUACUCGCUGAGCUACUACCAGGUGGUGUGCCAGCUCAUCGCGGGCUACAGCGCGGAGGGCCGCGCGGCGCUGCUGGGCGGGGCGCGGCCCGGCGAGCCGGCCGGCCUGCGCCCCGCCGCGCGCCUGCUGCUGGCCGCGCUGGCCGGCUCCGACCUCUUCACGGAGGACGGCCCGCCCGCGCCCGGCCCGCACGAGCUGCCCGACCUACACGCCAUGGAGAAACAGGUGCAAGAUCUUCUCCUCCCGUUCCUGCGUAUCUCAGCAUUACUCCGCCACCACCUGUACGGCAGCGAACUCCCCGAAGUAUCGACCCCGCGGCAGGAGUUCGUUCGACUCGCGUAUUACCUGGAGCUGGUGACGGAGGGCAUGGAGUGGAGCGAGUGGUCCGCCGGACGAGCGCUCUGUCCGGACUCCGCCACCGCCGCCCGGGCCUGGGCCAGGCAACUCGGGGCUGCGGCCUCACGGGGACAACUAGCGGUCCGUCGCCUGCUGCGGUCGAUGGCGGUGGAGUGGUGCCAGCCCGCGCUGCUGGCGCUGCCCCGCGACUACGACCGCCUGUUCACGUACUACCACGAGCGCGUGUGCCUGCAGUGCGGCGCCGUGCCCAAGGAGGCCAGCGUCUGUCUGCUCUGCGGGACCCUCGUCUGCCUCAAGCAGCCCUGCUGCAGGCAGCACCAGGUGGCCGAGGCCGUGCAGCACGCCAUGGAGUGCGGCGGCGGCACGGGCAUAUUCCUGGUGGUGACGUCGACGUACAUCAUCGUCAUCCGCGGCCGCCGCGCCUGUCUCUGGGGCUCGCUCUACCUCGACGACUACGAUGAAGAGGAUCGGGACCUCAAGCGUGGCAAACCACUAUACCUAAGCCAGGACCGGCUGGAGCUGCUCCAGGCGCAGUGGCUGGCGCACCGGUUCGACCACACGAAGCGGACCUGGGUGUGGCAUCGAGACUCGCUCUGAGCCACCACUUGUACAUAGGUAGCGACACGUCGGUACUAACUACUAUUUAUUUAUUUCCUCUGGAAUAUUGCAGUAUAAUGCACACCAUUUAUAUUGUAACUUGAUGAUCGAACUACACAGUAGUUGAUAGUACUUGUAGUGGGGAUUGUCAAUACUAGGUGGGACGGUCAAGUGAUCUCAAAUGUAUGACCGUCUCAUCUGACUCCAGUGGUACCUGUAUGGAGCGAAAUCAUUGGUAUCAUAGAGUACUCUUGUUUAUUCUAUCCAGCAGAACAACCGAAAUUCCAGUUUUUAUUCAAUACAUGAUACUAAUGAUGUCGUUAGAAAUGAAAUUUGUACUUUAAAUACAGGUACCAUGGUGCACUAUUCUAUACACCACUACUCAAUGUAAUUACUUGCCAAUCAACGUAGCUUGGUUACGAACGUAAACAAAGAAUGUAACAAACUGAUUUAGUUGACUUGUGUUCGGUAAAUUGAAGGUUUAAGGUUAGAUCAGGGACUAAUCUCGUCAAUUUGUAAAAACACGACAACUGUUCUACAAGUCGUAAUAAACUUGCCCCGAGUCAUCGCCGAUAGACAUUAACAAAAUCGCCUGUUUGUCUAAAAUGGUCUAUAUUACAAGCUGUAUAGAAUUCAAAAUGAAUUUUACACAUUUUUCUGAACAACAACUUUAAAUGUCAUUGAAAAUUGUGUGUACAUCAAUGUGAUUUAAAUAGAACACCAAUAUAUUGUUAUUUACAAUUGUUAUAGAAAGAUAAUUAUUAUUCCGAUAUAAAAUCUACAGUGAAGCCUAAAUUGCAUGCGUCUUAGAUAUUACAUGAUGUAAUAAGAAACAUAGGUUCAAGCAAUAAAGAGUAAAUAUUAAAUAAUAAUCAAAUGUAUUAGAUUACAAACCAUUGUUGCGUCAAUUAAGCCUUGCUCCCAUGCCAAUAGCUAUUUUAAUUAAAACAAAUUAUAGUUAUUUACAAAGCGUAUUAAAUAUUGAUUACCUACUUAUUUACUAGAAGAAUAUUAUAUUCAUUAAAAUUAAAAAGGCGUAUUUUUAACGUAAGAAGAUAAAUGCCUCGUACAAUCAGAUAGUGUCUUACAUUAUAUUGAAAUAUUUAUGAAAUGGUACAGUAGUAUGCAAGAUAAUUAUAUAUUUUCAUAUUCAACGUUGUAUUUAGCUUCCCGCUGACCGGAGUUAGGCGCUAGUUACAUUACAUACACGAGGACAUCGCGGCUUGCGUAGCAUACAUGUGAGAACUUUAGUCAUUUCAUUUAGAAGUAUUUUGUGUCAUUGUUUUAUUAUAUCUUUACAAAUAUCACAUUGUAUAAUUCAUUUCAUCUGGUAUUAUUCAAUUUUAUAACUACACGUGUGUUACAAACGUAUUAUUUAGCUAGGUUACUCUUCAUCCACAUUUUGGUCGAUUCAUUUACAUAUUUAUUCAUACAUCUUUAAUUCAAGAAACAUGUUUGGUCUAAGUAUUUUGAUCAUAUUUCACGUGCGCCCUAAAACUUGAAUAGUUAUAGUUACUAACAUAAAUAUACAAAUGUUUUCAGAGUUUAUCAUUAUAUUAAAUUGCCUAAUUUUGAUCGUGUCUAGGCAUAAUAGUAUAAAUACACAAAAUUGUAACUUGUAAUUAAAUAAGCAAUAACUAGCAAUAGAUCGACAGAGCGUUGUUUGCUUCAGCUACAAAUUGUUGGGUAUAAAGGAAUAUUAUAUUUAUGGUAAUCCCGUGGUGAUCUGAGUACUCGCAAAUGUAUACACCAUGUAUCAUACAGUAUGCCUUAUCAGAAUUUAUACAGUUAUUUACACAUUGUACAAGAGAAAAUUAAUUGCAGUACAUAUUAUUAUAUUCAAAUUAUUACUUGUUUUCAUUAUAGUAAUAUGUUAUAGAAGUAAAUAUUAUCUAGUGUUUUACUGUAUGUUAAUGUUUGGGAGUGUGGCCAGAGAUGGCUCAGAUGUUACAAUUAAAUGUCCACUCUACAUUCAUUCAAACUCUCUUGUAAUGUAUUUCUUUCUCUUCAAUAAUUCAUUGUUGACUAAUUAAAAGUCUACCCAGUGUUUUCUGGCCACACUCCAUGUAAGAUUUGUUGGAAUUUAAGGUGUAUUAAAUUUUAACUUGUGUCUAAUGUUUGAUCAAACUGUUAACCCAGUAACUGAGAGUUUACUACGGCUUUAUAUUUAGAUACGAUGAACUUUGCGCACCGCUGAACUUGUAUGAAUUCUAACAGUUUACAGCCCAAAUGUUUGGUCAAACAUUUGAAAUGUGUUGCCAAGAAUGUCAUGGAAAGUAAUAAAUGUUGUCUUGUUUACGAAUAUACGGUCGUUGAAUUAGCUUCAUUAAUUUUAUGACUGUUGUACGCGAAGGACUCGGCAGGAGCCUCCAGUAUACACGUAGAGUAGUGUCUAGUGAACAAGACAAUCUCUUGAACAUUGUAAAUAUAUCCUUCGACUUCAUUAGGGACGUCCAAUGGGUGUUGUUAGGGCUGUGAAUACGUAUAUUUUAAAUUUUACUCGCUCCUUUGUUGACACGGUUGACGAAUCACUAGAUUUUAAACACGAUUAAAUUAUUAUUUUAUUUUUUUCAUAUUUUUAUAUAGGAAUAUAUUGAAUACGAUAUUUACGAGUAGCCGCUUGCGGACUUUCCAUACCUUGUACGCAUUAACUUUACUUCUUCAAAUAUCUUCCAGAAAUAUAGAAAGCAUUGCUUGGAACUUAGGUAGAUGUGUUCUGAGUGCCGUAGUUACUGAGCCACUGCACCUAGUACUGCUUCCCCUCCGUAUCGACAAUAAUACCCUGUAACUAUUGAGGUAUGGUGCUUCAUCCUUCAUUUUAUGUCUUGUGUGCAAUUUGGAUGCUUUUAUUUUAUUCUCCUUGUAUAUUAUUCUCUAAGUCCUCAAAAGUACAUUUUUCUGUUUCAUAAAAGUUAGCGUUUGUAUCUAGUUUUAGUGUUAACUAAAUUGUAGUUUUUAUUAUUAAGCUAUUAUCAUUUAAAAUUUUGUAAUCACAACGAAUCGAUUCUGUAUUUGUAAUGGAAAUUAGGAAGUGGUAGAGGAUCAUCAAAAUUUAUUUUUAGUAAUGUGAGAUGUCAAUGUUUAAUUUUUAAUGUUUAGGUUUUUCGUGUUAGAAAUUUUAGUUGCGAAGUGUAUCGUCUAAAUUGCGUAUAUUUUUGUUAUAUUAGAAUUCUUUGCUGCCGUAUUGCUCACGUUAUGUCCACCGUGGCGGCGGGGCUCGCGUCUCGCCCGCCCGCGCCCAGUGCCCGCUCCAGAUAAUAUUGUUAAACUUGUGUAUGUAUAUUGUUCUUGUAUAUAUUCAAUCAUUAAAGUUGUUGAUAUUUC